UUGAGACCUAAGUGGUCAAUAACUAAGUGUUGAAAGCAUUAAAAGGGGUCCUAUGGAUUCUUUAAAUAAUAACAAAAGUGUUAUUUGAAGUGAAAUUACCCAUAGAAAAGGCAAGGUUAAAAAAAGAAAACAUGAGUAAACUUGCGUAUACAACAGCCAAUCUUACUGAUGUCCAGUUAAAAGAACAGGGAAAUCAAUUGUUUGUGUUAAGGAAAUUCGAUGACGCUGUGAGCUGCUAUACUAAAGCAAUUGUAAAAAAUCCUAGUAAUGCGACAUAUUUCACUAAUCGAGCAUUAUGUUACCUGAAACUUAAGAGAUGGGAACUAUCUUGUGAGGAUUGCCGUCGUGCUUUAGAUCUUGAUUCAAAUCUACUCAAGGCCCAUUUUUUCUUAGGGCAAUGUCUAAUAGAAAUGGAAAUGUUCGAUGAGUCGAUAAAGCAUUUACAAAGAGCUUUCGAUUUAUCGAAGGAUCAGAAACAGAAUUUUGGAGAUGAUAUUACAUCUCAGCUACGUCUCGCCCGAAAAAAGCGGUUUAGUUUGUUGGAAGAAAAGAGAAUAUGCCAAGAGAUCGAACUGCAAACAUAUAUAAAUAGACUUAUCAAAGAAGAUAUGGAGAGAAAUUUGUCCAGAUUAAAGAUAGACGAUAACUUUAAUGAUCACGAAAUAAAAGAAAAGCAGCAGGAAAUUGAACAACAAUGUGAUGAUCACAUUAAGGAGCUAAACAAUAUCUUUGCAAAAGUGGAUGAUAGAAGACGGAAACGUGACGUCCCAGAUUAUUUGUGUGGUAAAAUUAGUUUUGAAAUUCUGACCGAUCCUGUGAUAACUCCAUCUGGCAUUACGUACGAACGGAAAGAUAUUGAGGAGCAUCUACAGCGCGUAGGUCACUUUGAUCCAGUGACUAGAGUGAAGCUGACGCAAGACCAACUCAUACCAAAUUUUUCGAUGAAAGAAGUAGUCGAUUCAUUUAUUGCAGAAAAUGAAUGGGCUUUAGACUACUAGAUAUGAUUUACUAUUUUCCUUAGCAGAAAAUGGAAGGGCUUUAGACUACUAGAAAUGAUUUACUAUAUUAUUUUCCUUAGUAAGAGUAUUAUUAUUAUCAAACUAUAAAAGCUUGAAACUUUAUUUUAAGUAA